AAAACCGGUAAUCUGGAAAGAAUCUGAAAUAUAAAAUGAAAGCUCUGGACCCGGGAAUACAUAUCAUUCAGCGUUUCCAAUCCCAAAGAGACGUCAAAUUGAAAAAAAACUACGAUUAGAAGAAAAUACAGAUUCUAAUUAUUCAAAAUGAACGUUACUGCUUUUUCACUGUGUUUGUUGCUGGUGACAAUAUUUGCUAUAACCAACGCCAAAGAUGACAAACAGAAGGCAGGACCUUGGAAAGUUUCUCAAGAUGCGAUAAGGUUUAGAAGAUCGCCAAGACCAGAUUGGGAAGUAAAUCCAGGAGCUAACGGUGAUGGAAAUGGUAACACCAAUGCCGGUAUAGAAGUAAUAAAUAAGGGCAAAGAUCAUGACUUCCAGGCUGGAUGGAGCAAAGUUGUUCAUGGACCCAAUAGAGCUAAACCAGCAUGGCACGUAGGUGGUAGCUUCAGAUUCCCACGAUCACCAAAGCCAGAAUGGGAAGUAAAUCCUGGAGCUAACGGUGAUGGAAAUGGUAACACUAAUGCUGGAAUAGAAGUAAGAAAUAACGGCAAAGAUCAUGACUUCCAGGCUGGAUGGAGCAAAGUUGUCCAUGGACCCAAUAGAGCUAAACCAACAUGGCAUGUAUGUGGUAGCUUCAGAUUCCCACGAUCACCAAAGCCAGAAUGGGAAGUAAAUCCUGGAGCUAACGGUGAUGGAAAUGGUAACACUAAUGCUGGAAUAGAAGUAAGAAAUAACGGCAAAGAUCAUGACUUCCAGGCUGGAUGGAGCAAAGUUGUCCAUGGACCCAAUAGAGCUAAACCAACAUGGCAUGUAGGUGGUAGCUUCAGAUUCCCACGAUCACCAAAGCCAGAAUGGGAAGUAAAUCCUGGAGCUAACGGUGAUGGGAAUGGUAACACUAAUGCUGGAAUAGAAGUAAGAAAUAACGGCAAAGAUCAUGACUUCCAGGCUGGAUGGAGCAAAGUUGUCCAUGGACCCAAUAGAGCUAAACCAACAUGGCAUGUAGGUGGUAGCUUCAGAUUCCCACGAUCACCAAAGCCAGAAUGGGAAGUAAAUCCUGGAGCUAACGGUGAUGGAAAUGGUAACACUAAUGCUGGAAUAGAAGUAAGAAAUAACGGCAAAGAUCAUGACUUCCAGGCUGGAUGGAGCAAAGUUGUCCAUGGACCCAAUAGAGCUAAACCAACAUGGCAUGUAGGUGGUAGCUUCAGAUUCCCACGAUCACCAAAGCCAGAAUGGGAAGUAAAUCCUGGAGCUAACGGUGAUGGGAAUGGUAACACUAAUGCUGGAAUAGAAGUAAGAAAUAACGGCAAAGAUCAUGACUUCCAGGCUGGAUGGAGCAAAGUUGUCCAUGGACCCAAUAGAGCUAAACCAACAUGGCAUGUAGGUGGUAGCUUCAGAUUCCCACGAUCACCAAAGCCAGAAUGGGAAGUAAAUCCUGGAGCUAACGGUGAUGGAAAUGGUAACACUAAUGCUGGUGUAGCAGUAAGAAAUAACGGCAAAGAUCAUGACGCCUAAGCUGAAUGGAUCAAAGUCUUCCAUGGACCCAACAGAGUUCAAUCAACAUGGCAUGUAGGUGGCACAUGGAAGUUUUAAAAUUGUGUUCUUUGUUAGGUAUUUAUCAAAGGUAUUUAUUGUAAUAAUUAUUAUUUAUCUUUUGUAUACAUUAAAAUAAAACUUUUAUUUAAA